CACAACUAAAAGUACUAGAAGCACUGAACGGCCGAUAACGGAUGUUCGGCAAGUCUGUCGACAAAAUAUAUAUUGAGCUGAUAGCGUUGACCUCGCUGGGUGGGCCUGGACAUGAUGAUCAAUUGCCUAAUACCAGCAGAGCCUGACAGUAGAAGUAAAAUGUCAAACAUGGAAACUGUACGAUCCUCUCCAGGAUAACAGCAAAUAUAGUGAGGGUUCCGCAGUGGCUGACUUCAGCCAUCUGCCGGAUCUGGUCAGCCGGGCCGUGGCUGACGUUAGCCACAAUCAUCUCCCACGCAGCUAUUUAACGCGACCAAGCCAACUGGACUGACGGCUUGAGAAACCAUCGCAACCAGCUUAUUUAAGAGCAAAGCAACCCUCUCAUCAGUUGUAUUACACUCUUUGACACAAACCCAACAAAUAACUAAGAACAUGGUUGCCAUUUCAGAGGUUCGCGGGCAGCUACCCAAUAUCAAGAACCUGGGUUCAGGUCUGGUUGCUGUGUUCGUGGGCGGAACUAGCGGAAUCGGUCUAUCGACAGCGAGGGAAUUUACCCGUUACGCGACAGCUCCUCACAUCUACUUGAUUGGACGCAACGAAGCUCAGGCAUUGGAGAUCAUCUCAGAACUACGUGCCGUUAACCAAUCCGCAACAGUUGACUUCAUCAAGAGUGAUAUAUCUCUACUCAAGAACGUCGACACAACAUGUCGCGAGAUCGCUCAAAAAGAGUCAAAAGUAAACCUUCUCUUCCUGAGCGCGGGUAUUUUGACCACUCAGGGAAGGACUGAAACACCCGAAGGCCUGGACCGCAAGCUCAGCCUCCACUACUACGCCAGAAUGCGCUUCGCCGACAACCUCCUCCCACUAUUAAACCAGGCCGCCUCAUCAGACCGCCUAGCCCGCGUAGUCUCUGUCUUCAGCCCAGGAAACGAGGGCAAACUCAUCGAAGAUGACCUCGACCUUCGGAGCAACUACGGUCUCUCCAAUGCAGCCGCUCAUGGCUGCACCAUGACAUCUCUCUACAUGGCGCAACUUGCGGCGGCACAUCCGAACAUUAGUUGGGUUCACAGCCGUCCUGGCGCCGUGAACACGAACGUCACGCGAGAAUUCAACCCGCUUGUCAGGGGACUCACUAAUGCUCUUUUUGUGUUGACACCUCUUUUAUCGUCGAUCGGGCUCAUUUCUGUCAAGGAGUCCGGAGAGAGGCAUGCGUAUGCGGCUACGAGUCCGUUGUUCGCGCCACGAGUGAAGGGGGUGGAUACAGUGGGUACUGAUGGCGCGAGGGGAAGUGGUGCGUAUCGGGUGGAUUACGAUAGUUCUAUUGUCAAGGCGAAGUCUGAGUUGGUAAAGGGGUAUCUGAGUAGUGGAGUGGGUAAGAAGGUGUGGGAGCAUACGAGGGAUAUGUAUGCGAAAGCUACUGGGAAUUAGUGGCUGCGUAUGUGUAGUUACUAUAUGAGAUGAUGUAAUAAUACUUAGUGAGUUAUAAUGAAGGAUUUGUUUUCGAUUU